CCAGGUGCUGCCGCUGAAGCCGAUCAGCCGGCGGCUCCGGACGAUGGGAUCCCAGAGAGAGCUUUGAGGUGGAGGAGCGUAUCCACCAGCUCCCUGCCAGACCCCAGGCCGGACACUGAGCUUUGGGCACAAGGCACCGAGGCCAAGAUGAUGCCCAGUUUCUUGUCGGAGGGGAACCCUCUGAGCGCUGUCUCCUCGGUCGUCAACAAAUUCAGCCUCUUCGACUCGAAACCCGAGAGCGACGAGGCGGCCCGAAAGCAGAAGGCAGCCCGUGGAGCGGAGCCUGCAGCCCGGGGGCCUGUGAAAUCGAGCUCGCAGCAGUUUGUGAAAGCGGAGGAGAAGGAGGCCGGCGGGCGGCGGCAGCAGCAAUAUUCAGUACCACGGAUAGCUCCGGUCCCCAAGAAAAGCGUGUGCCCGAUCUGUAACAGCGCGGAAAUAGUGGGCAGCUCGGGCACCGGCCAGUGUAACCAGUGCACUCAGUGCCAGCUGCUGGUGUGUGGUCAGUGUGGCUUCAACCCCAACCCCCACCUGAGCGAGGUCAGAGAAUGGCUUUGUUUAAAUUGUCAGAUGCAAAGAGCCCUUGGCAUAAACAUGACGACUGCGCCCAGUUCCAAACCACAACCUCUGCAGCCCAAGCAGCAGGAAAUGACUCCCUCUGCUUCACAAGCAGCAAAAAAGGCUCCGGUUCAGCAGCCCACUGCAAAACCUGAACAGGCCAAGCCAUUGUCACGCUCUGGAUCCAGAAAACAGCCUCUCCUGACCAAGCAGCAAUCAAUGGUUGCUUCUCCUCCACUAAAGGCCAAACAGCCAUCACACGGGCCUGGGGAUGCACAACCAAGACAGCACGCAGCCCAGAAACCACAGCCAGUGAAACUGACUCAGCAGCUGGUGGAUCAACAAAAACAGCAAGACCUGAACAAACCUCCUCAACAAGUCAGUUCCACUCCACAAGGAGCAGAAAGCAAGCAACCCUCUCUGAGUCCACAGGUUCAGCAAAAAGAUUCCAAGCAGCCCAAGUCAGUGACCCAGGACCAGCAGCUCAGUAAGAAGCAGGAGGACUCUGACACUAGAACACAGCGACAACAGCUGCAGAAAAAGGACGAUACGGUUCCAGGGACAAAAUCCGAAACUGUGAUAAAGAGUCAAAAGCAGGACAUGACCCAGCAGAAACAAUCAGUACAGAUUCAGAAGCCAGUCGAUAAAUCACAGUCCUCGAAUAUUAGCACUGCUGCUCCUGAAGUGACCAAACAGCCUGCUUCAAAAGUAGAAUCCAAGGCUGGUCACCCAAAGGAAGAACAAUCAAAGCUGACUCAGAAGCCACCAGCUGCUAAAGUUGUGCCAUCACAGAUUCCACCAGAAACUCCAAAAGCUCAGAAACCCCCAGAACAGUCGAGGCGUUUCAGCCUCAACUUAGGAGGUUCUGCCCAACCACCGCAAUUUCAGCCAUCAACUCCUCCAGAGACUGUCACUGGAAAACUCUUUGGGUUUGGGGCAUCUCUGUUCAGCCAAGCCUCAACUUUAAUAUCUGCAACACCUCAGCAACAUGAGCAACGUGGACACACUGCAAAGCAACCCCCUCAGACAGCGGCAAAGGACAGCAGUGUUUCUCAGCAAUCCCCCAAACGGGACCAACAUGGACACACUGCAAAGCAACCCCCUCAGACAGUGGCAAAGGACAGCAGUGUUUUUCAGCAAUCCCCCAAACGGGACCAACAUGGACACACUGCAAAGCAACCCCCUCAGACAGUGGCAAAGGACAGCAGUGUUUCUCAGCAAUCCCCCAAACGGGACCAACAUGGACACACUGCAAAGCAACCCCCUCAGACAGUGGCAAAGGACAGCAGUGUUUCUCAGCAAUCUCUCAAAAGGGACAUCGGUAAGAAAGAAGCUAAGCCUUCAGCAGCAGCAGAUACUUUUGAACAGAAGACUGUUGGGACAGCACAAGACACAACAGACCCUGCAACCAUGAAGAAAGCUGCAGUGGUGAAAGAAAGCAAACCAGGUGCAGAAAUGGUCAAACAGACAACCAAGCCAUUGGAAACCGACAAAGCUUCUCCACCUACGAGCUCUUGCCCUCUUUGUAAAACUGAUUUGAAUAUUGGUUCUGAGGACCCUCCCAACUUCAAUACCUGUACAGAAUGCAAGGUGGUUGUGUGCAACCUCUGUGGAUUUAAUCCAAUGCCACAUUUGACAGAGGUACAGGAAUGGUUGUGUUUGACCUGCCAAACACAACGAGCUCUAAGUGGACAACUGGGAGACCUUGGGAAAAUGCCACCUCCCCUUCCAAUUUCAUCAAAACCGAAGCAAACUGUUCCUGCUCAGUCUGGACCCAAGCAAUCUCAGAAAGAUCCAUCUUCCACAGGUUCUUCAAAAUCUUCAGCAGAGCCACCAACUAUUCCUCAGCCAAAAGAAACACAGCCAGAAAAGGUAAGCCCCAUGACAACUGCUUUAAAAGUAACAGAGAAGAAGGACGUGGCAUCGAAACUUGCUGCCAAAUCUGUAGAAGCUCCAGCUGUGAUCAAACAGGAGCAAACUUUGGAUCAGGAUUUGAACAUUACAAAACAAAAGCCUGCAACAGAUGAAGAAAAGAAACUUCCACCUGAACUGGUUGCAAAAGAAGAUGCUGUUAAACAAGUGGAAAAAACUACUGCACCAAAGAAAAUGGAACCAGAAAAUGCGAAAGAGGUAACAGAAAUAAAGACAGUAAAAUCUGAAGAUGUCCCACCUGAUAGAGCAGUUCAAAAACAGCCUUCUGAAGUCAUGAAUGUGCAGAAUGAGCAGCUAAAAGCAUCUGAUUUAGCACAGACUGACAAAGAAAAAGUUACAAUGGAAAAAGAGGAAGAAAAGUCAGACUCAUCAGCACUUCAGCAGCAGAAAAGUCCCCAGGGUCUGAGUGACACAGGCUAUUCCUCAGAUGGCAUAUCCAGUUCACUGGGUGAAAUUCCAACAAUCCUUCAAAGCGAAGAUAAAGACUUGCUCAAAGAACCGGCUCGGAAAGAUUCCAUUUCUCAGGAAUGUAGCCCUUCAAGUCCGUCAGAUCUUGCUAAGCUGGAAAGUACCGUUCUUUCAAUCUUAGAAGCUCAGGCAAGUACAGCACAUCAAGAGAAGUUAGGCCAACAUAAAGAUCUUUAUGGACUUUAUUCUGACCAUGAAAGAGAGCGACACAGACCGAGAACCUUAUCAAUUACACCAGAGUCUUAUAGCUCAGAUGAAGAAGAUCUUGAAGAUAUUCAGGAAGAAGAUGAGGAAGCUUUGGAAGAUCAUGAUCAUGAAGAUAAAUUAGCUAGCAAAGACUACAAUGAAAGUUAUGGUUCUCAGGGUGAUGAAGCAUCAAGGAGACAACGAUAUGACUCUCUUGAAGACAGUAGUGAAAGUGAGCACUCACCUCAUCCUCACAGGCAGAGGAAAGUCAGUGUUGGGUCAUCAAGCAGUGAUAGCCAAGGAUCUGGUGAUGAAGAAGACUUUAUUCGAAAACAAAUCAUUGAGAUGAGUGCAGAAGAAGAUGCAUCAGGUUCUGAAGAAGAUGAAUAUAUCAGGAGUCAGCUGAAAGAAUUAAGUGGGAAAGGACGCCCAGAGAACAAAGGGCCAACUGUUAAGCACAAACGCCUUUCAAAGCGAAGUAGCACCAGUCACGAUGAUGAUCCAGGGAGGCGCCAUUCAUGGCACGAUGUAGAUGAUGAUGAUGAUGAUGAUGAAGAAGUGUAUGCUGAGAGCCCUGAGGCUAAGUACAGAGAGACUAAAAGUCAAGACAAUGAAGAAUUGUCUCUGUCAGCUGGUGGAGGCCUUAGACGUUUUAAAACAAUAGAUUUGAACAGUACUAUUACAAAUAAAUACGCAGAAGAUGGCUCUGAGGUCAAAAAGGAUGGAUUGUACUACGAAGAAGAACCGGAGCUAGAGAUGGAAAGCUUAACUGAUUCACCCGAAGAUAGAUCAAGAGGUGAAGGCUCAUCUAGUCUGCAUGCCACGUCCAGUUUUACACCUGGUACUUCACCAACAUCAGUAUCAUCAUUGGAUGAAGACAGUGACAGUAGUCCGAGUCAUAAGAAGAUGCUUGGAGAGAGUAAACAACAAAGAAAGGCAAGACACAGAUCACCUGGUCCUCUGUUGCCCACUAUUGAAGACUCUUCUGAAGAAGAAGAAUUGCGGGAGGAAGAAGAACUUCUGCGAGAACAAGAAAAGCAGCGAGAGUUAGAACAACAACAAAGGAAGAGUUCAACAAAGAAAUCAAAAAAAGAUAAAGAUGAGCUAAGAGCUCAGAGAAGACGGGAACGUCCAAAAACCCCUCCUAGUAAUCUCUCACCAAUUGAAGAUGCUUCACCAACAGAAGAGUUGCGACAAGCAGCAGAAAUGGAGGAGUUACAUCGCUCUUCAUGUUCUGAAUAUUCCCCCAGCAUUGAAUCUGAGCCAGAAGGUUUUGAAAUACAUCCAGAAAAAAUUAUAGAAGUGCAGAAAGGUUAUAAAUUGCCUACAUCAAUGUCACUGUAUUCUCCUACAGAUGAGAAUGCAAGUCGCACUAUACAUGAAGUUGGUGUUAUUAAUCAGAAGUCUUUGAAAAGUGCAGAAGAAGCAUAUGAAGAGAUGAUGCAGAAAGCAAAAUUUCUUAAGAAUCAAAAUGAACCUGAUGAUGUAUUUGAUAAGGAACCUUUAUACGGGGGGAUGUUAAUCGAAGAUUAUAUCUAUGAGUCUCUAGUAGAAGAUAACUACAAUGAAACAAUGGAUAACCGUUUUCUUAACACAGGACUGGAUACCAGCACUAGUUUGAUACAAGAAACUGAAAAGAAAUUAAGAAGCCCAGAUGAAAUUUAUGAAGAAAUAAUGAAGAAAAACACCAAUCUCAAUGAUGCACAAUAUUAUCAUUACAGUCUGCCUUUAAGUGUAAACCUUCAUCCGCAUGAUUUGCCUCCCUCUGUUUCUGUUGCAAAAGAAACAUUUGUUACAUUUCCAUUGGAUACCAGUGAAGCUUCGACAAAGAUUGAGAAACAGUUGUUAGACGCUGAUGCCGCUUAUGAGGAGAUCAUGAAGCGACAAAGUACAUUGCUGACUCCUGGCACCAGUCCAACUCAGCUGAGUUCUCCUGACUCCAUGUCUGCUGAAUCAGAGGCAACUAACAGCUCUUCAUUAACAAGUACAGCUGCUUCAGCUGGGGUGCAUGACAAACUGUUAACCUCUUUACCAAUUUCUGGUACAAAGCCAGUUCAAAUUUCAUCAAUAAAUAGCACAAUGCAUGCUAUUCCUGACGUCAAAAUUACCCAACACUUUUCCAUGGAAGAUGACAUUGAUAUGGAAUAUGGAGAACAAUAUUGUGUAGAUAACAGAGGGAUGUCAUAUGAAACUGCUGAGAUUGUACAACACAGCAAACCAGGGACUACAGCCAGCAGUACAGCAUCAACAUCGACGGUAACAUCUAAAGCUUUUGCAGUUGCCUGUACUGUCACCACAACUAUUAGCUCUCCAAUUUGCUCCACUGGGCCUGUUGGUGGAUCAAAGACAACAGAUUUUGUUGUCCUUAGUAUAACCACAAACGAAGACAAUUACGCUUCAACCCAGACACCCAGAUCUACUGUCAAGAGUAAGAUGACUUCAUUAACUUCCACAACAGGAGGAAUGUGUCAAGUAUAUCCCACUUCAAUCACCAGUUCUUCUGGGUUAUCAGCUAGAUCUGACCAUGUACUGAUCUCAGUGCCUCCGAAUCUAGACAGUUCUGAUGUUCUCACUUCCACCACAGUGACUCCAGUGGUCCCAGAAACUUGCCAUCUUUUAGAUAAGCAAUCUUCCCUGGAUAGUAUGUCUGACAAAACUAUCGCUUUAGUGUCUAUGCCUCCAGCCUCAGUGCGGGUUGCUGUUUGUGAAUCCUUAGGGAUGACAGACCCAGCGUCAGUAGUUACAUUGCCUGUAUCAUUACCAGGAAAAGCGAAAAUUGCAACCACUUCAAAUCCAGCACCAGGGUUCUCUGUCUCAACAACAGUUUCUCCUUCUGUGACCAUCACUGCCUCACAAGCACAGAUCACAACCAAGGGUCCCUGUCUUCCUUUUGAAAUGGGCUCACUGUCCAGUACAUCAUUAUUACAUUCUCCUACUCAUUCACCAUUCCCUCCUCCACCACCUCCACCACCCCCUCCUCCCUUACCUCCUCCAGCCUUUCCAAAGCCAGUUAUCUUCCCAAAAAAAAGAGCCACAACUGAUGUAUCAAUCUGCAGAAUAAAUACUCUAGAUCAGAACAGUUUAACAGCAAUUGAUAAAAUAUUUCAUCCAAUGCCACCUCCUGUCCCUCCGAAGCCAGCCUCAAUUCCAUCAGCAUUAGUUUUCACCACAAGACCAACAGAUGCAAUACGGCCCACAAUUCCACCAAAGCCGUCAUUCCCUCAUCUUCCUAUCUCUGUGCAUAGACCAAGUGAAUCACAACAUAAAGCUUUAACUUCGACUACAACUUUGUCUUUGACCUUGACUUCACCAGGAGAUCUCAAGUUGAUCUCUCCUACAUCUCCUAUCUCACCACAUUCAAAUAAAUCUUCUCCAAAGUUAACUAUGCAUUCCCAAGCUACGUAUGUAGUAAUCACUCUGCCAUCUGAACCCGGUACUCCUACAGAACCUGUCAGCUGCCAAGCAUCUUCCAUCCAAUCAUCAGUAUCCCCUUCAAAACAACAUGGUCUAUCAAGUCUACCACCAGCCAUAUCCUUGGCUCACUUUACCAAAUCUUUGGAAACUCAGAAAAUAGUUGAAAAGGGAAAAACUGAGACAGUUUAUUUUUACCAGAGUUUGGCGCGGGGCAUUGUAUCAACAGUGGAACAUGAAAUGUCAGCAGAAGUACCGCAGCCACCAGUUUCGAUGCUAUAUGAUAAAGUGCCAGGUAGGGGCACAGUUAGUGUCGCUAUUACCAUACCUCCUGAAAGAAAGUCUUCUGAGCUUCCACAGUUUCCAGAAAAUGGGAGAACCCUAGAGCAUAUGGCACAGUUCACAAGUGAUGUAAUUGACCUUCGUACUUUGUCAAAUUUUGAUGCAGAUAUGACAGCUAAUGGGAUGGAUUUGUCUACUUUCUCUGCAGAAGGAGGAAGACAUGCUUUAGUCAUUGAUUCUAGUGGCAUACGUCAUCUCAGUGCAAUUCAGCCUGCCAUUAUCAAUCUAACUAAAACUGAACCCGAACAAGUUUCAGUUUCAACACUGGCAAUGUCUGCAGAAUGUAUGACUGUAGUUACCUGUACAGCUAGCACCACUUUUACUGCAACCACUGGCACUUUGGAAGGGCCUGUGGACCUUGGUCAUUCUGUGUCUAUACCACUUCCACUAAUGACCAAGGUUGAUGAAGCAACAUGCAGUGUUGCUCACUGUCAGUCCUCAGCCACAGGCACCAUAGAAGUUCCAAUUAACCUGACCUGUAGUACCGCUACUUCCAUUUCAGGUUGGCCUAACACUAAACCAGUGACCAAAGCUCCUGGUAGCACAAUUAAUGGAUGGACAGAUAUGGAAUCUACUGAAGUUGAAGCAGUUGAUUUAAGCACCACAAAACCCCAUCGAACGAUGGUGUCACUGGAUGAAUUAACAACUGGACCUGUUACUACAAUUGUAGAGGAGGAAGACAAGCCUGUGGAUCUCACUGCAGGAAGACGCAAUGUCUGCUGUGAUAUGGUUUACAAAUUUCCAUUUGGCCGCAGUUGUUCAUCAUUGACACAGCAACCUGCUUCCACCCUCCCUGAAGAUCGUUAUGGGUACAGAGAUGAUCACUAUUCAUAUGGCCAUGGUGCAACCCAUGGCUACAGAGGUUUUGGGAGCAUGAAGCCUUCCAUGUCUGAUACCAACUUGGCUGAAGCUGGUCUGUUUCUGUACAAAAGCAAGCAUAGCUUUGAUUAUUGCACUAGUAGCACUGAUGCAGCAAUGGAUCUUACUGCAGGAAAACUGACAGCAGGUGAAUUAAUGGAUUAUUCUGCAGUUUGUACUCAGCCUCAAGAUCACCUCAGCAAGGGAACUUUGAGUUACCCAGAGACACAUCAAGUGAUUACAGACUCUGGCAUGUCGCAGUAUUCUCAAGCAAGAAUAACACCAACUAUUGGAAGCCACUAUGGCAUGCAAAGUGUUUUACGUUCAUCUGGUGGUGUUGUAUAUUCUUCUGUGGCAUCUCCAAUUCCAUCCACUUUUGCAAUUACUACACAACCAGGUUCAAUAUUCAGCACUUCUCUUAGUCUCCAAAGUAGUGAUACAAUGCCUUCACUAUCAGUAUUGCAGCAUAUUCAGCCAAUGCCCAAGUCUUCCAGUUGCUUAACAACAGCUGAUACAGGAAGAGAGAUAGGUGCUGGGGCUUCUCCAGGUUUAGAUGCAUCUGUGUUUAUGUCUAACCUGACCAGAAUUUCAACAACAUACCACGACACAUCAUCUGAGAUCAGUUUUAUACCGACUGAAACCGAUUACAUUCAGAAACACAGUAUUGAAUCUGUAGUGGCUCCCAAGCUCUCACCGGCGACUUCACCUGUAUCUGAAGAAAAUAAACAUCUGUUAAUAGAAAGAGAAAUGCUGGAGUUUGAGAAGAUGAAGCAGAUACGUUUAGCUGAGGAGCUGGAACGUGAACGACAUGAGAUCCAGAUCUUUCGAGAACAAGAAAAGCUUAUUGUUCAGCGAGAACUUCAGGAAUUGCAAACAAUGAAGCAGCAACUUCUGUAUCAGCAAGAGGAAGAGCGGCAAGCUCAGUUUAUGAUACAGCAAGAGACAAUAGCCCAGCAACAGAUGCAGCUUGAACAAAUACAGCAACUACAGCAGCAACUACAGCAGCAGCUUGAGGAGCAAAAGAUUCGACAAAUAUAUCAGUACACGUAUGAUCCUUCUGGUUCAAACACACCUCAGACAACAACAGAUCAAGUAGUGAUAGAAUCCCAGUAUACAACAGCCGAAAAUGGCCAGUUCUGGCAUGGUCAGGAUAUUAAUACAACAGCUCCAGCCAUGAUGGGCCAGGAGCCACAGCCAUGGUAUCCUGCUCAGUCAGAAGACAUUUCUCAGCAUCUGCCUCAAUCUUGCAUGCUGAGCUCAGUGUCAGAAAUGUCUUUGAAAGACAUUGAUGCCAGAGAGGGAAGAGCACUUCGAAAGAGGAGCUCCAUGCCCAGGCUGGGAGGUCAAUAUGAUGAUGAUCUUGAUGGAAAAAUGCAGGACAUAAGGUCAUACAAAAAGAUAGUUGACAGUGGAGUCCAAACUGACGAUGAGGAAGGGACAGAAAGAUGCUACACUAGUAGAAGAAGAAGAACUAAGAAGAGUGUGGAUAGCAGUGUUCAGACUGAUGAUGAAGAUAAUCAGGAGGACUGGGACGUUCCCACCAGAAGACGAAAGUCUCGUGUUGGGAAAUACACUGAUGGUGGACCAGAGCUGGAGAAAGCAAAACGGCCACAUUUUGCAAAACUCUCUAAUAUUGCUAUGCAGACUGUAGCUGAGAUUUCUAUUCAAACUGAACCAGAGGGAAUCAUACGAACACCUUCCAUUAGGGCUCAAGUUGAAUCAAAGAUAGAAAUUGUAAAGCACAUUUCAGCUCCAGAGAAAACAUACAAAGGUGAAAGCUUAGGUUGCCAGACUGAAACAGAUUCAGAUGGACAAAGCCCCCAGUACUUGACUCAUAAGGUCAUUACAGUUGUACCUCCACAAAAAACUGAUAAAAAGCGUCCAACGCCAUUAGAGAUUGGCUAUUCAAAUCACCUUCGAGCAGAUUCUGCCUUCCAAGUUGUUCCAUCCCCACCAAAAUCUCCAAAAGUUUUGUACUCACCAAUCUCACCAAUGACCCCAAACAAAGAACUGGAGACAGCAUUUGUGCCCUAUGAGAAAUCCCCUUCAGUUGACAAAACCUCGCAGAAAUUGGUUGCUCUUGAACCACCAAAAAGUCAGCCUGUAAGCCCUCGGACUAUCAAAGUUAUUCAGCGAUCCAUGUCUGAUCCAAAACCACUGAGUCCUACAGCAGAAGAAAGCUCUAGGUUACAUUUCCAGUAUAAUGACAGCUACUUGGCAAAAGGUUCUCAAAACACCACACCAGUAGGUACUCAGAAAAAAGUGAAGAGAACCCUUCCUCAUCCUCCUCCUGAAGAGGCUGGUCUUGCUGGGAGCCAAGCAAACUUCCCCACUGUCAACUCUGUUUCCCACAGAAGAGUUUGCAGGACCAACACGAUGGCCAGAGCUAAAAUUCUCCAGGACAUUGACAGAGAGUUGGAACUUGUAGAAAGGGAAUCUUCCAAACUCAGGAAAAAACAAGCAGAACUAGAUGAAGAAGAAAAAGAAAUUGAUGCCAAAUUACGAUAUUUGGAAAUGGGCAUCAAUCGAAGAAAAGAGGCUUUGCUGAAGGAGAGAGAGAAACGGGAGCGAGCCUAUUUGCAGGGCGUAGCCGAAGAAAGAGAUUAUAUGUCAGACAGUGAAGUAAGCAACAUAAGGGAGACCAGAAUAGAUGCACAACAUGGGUUGGAGAGACCUAGAACUGCACCACAGCCUGAUUAUGAUCAAUUUCUCUCACCUCAGACCCAGUCACAGCCUCAGUAUGCGACUACUCCAAGCCAUUACACACAGUACCAGUACCCUACUCCUCCACUGACCCAAACCCAAACUCAAUACCAACAGCAAUCUCCUUACCAAGAACAGGCAUUAUACCAUCAGCAAGUUUCUCCCUAUCAAACCCCAGCUACCUAUCAGACUGUCCCCACAAUCACUUAUCAACAACAACCCCCUCCUUCUCAGGUCCAGUCAACAGCCUAUCCACAUCCAUCCCAAAUGAUCCUGAUUCAACAGAAACCAAGGCAGACCACACUUGUUGACCUUGAACCAAAAAUAACCACAAACUAUGAGGUGAUCCAUAAUCAGUCUCUUCUGAUGGCUUCCACCUCCUCAGAUAGCACUUAUGCAGUUCCUCAUUUGGGCAGUAAGUACAGUAAUUUAGACCUGAGAAUAGGGUUGGAUGAGAGGGGAACUGUGACAGGUAGCCCAAUCUCAAGCCUUUCUGCAGAAUCCUAUUAUGCAGAUCUAGAGCAUCGUGCACCUCGAAACUAUGUUCUGAUUGAUGACAUUGGUGAACUCACUAAAGGAUCUAGUACACUUGUGACUGGAUUUAACCUUCACGAUAUACAAAAACAAGUGCACAAGAAUGAGCGGCUACUUGGCACAAGUGAAGCACGCAGAACUGCAGACAUGAAAGAUUUUAUUGGGCCUUUGCAGAGCUCAACACGCUUGCAUUCCUAUGGAAAAGCAGAUGAAGAUACCAUGGAGGACCCUUAUGAAUUAAAGCUUUUGAAGCAACAAAUUAAACAAGAGUUUCGCAGAGGAGCUGAAGGCUUAGAACAUCUUUCUAGCUUUCCCCAAUACUACCAGGCAGAUAGCAGCUACAGGCACUUUCCAAAGUCUGAGAAGUAUAGUAUAAGCAGGCUGACUCUUGAAAAACAAGCUGCAAAGCAAUUGCCACCAUCCAUCAUUUACCAAAAGCAAAGCAAACAUAAAAAACAGUUGCUGGACCCCAAAUUCUCCAAGUUCUCACCAAUUCAAGAAGCCAGAGAUGUGGAGCCUGACUUUACCAACUACAUGGGAACUGCCUCAGCAGUAACUGGGGCUCCCUCUAGAACAAGGCUUAUUCAAGAUGAUGUAACAUUUAGCCUAAGAAAAAAUAUUCGUGACCAACAGAAGUUUCUUGGUCCAACUGUCAGAUCUACAUUCGAUGAUGAAAUUGACAAAGCAUAUACCAGUGGAACUAGAUCCAGGCCCUCGUCUGUUUAUGGACUUGAUCUAACAAUUAAAAGAGACCCUUCCAGUACAUCAUUGCGCAUAAAAGGUCAGGAAAAUGAUCCAUUAGAUAUUGCCUAUGGACAGAGUACUCCUUCUGUACGAACAAAGCCGUCCAGUUUACCGAUUAGCCACAGCAGAGGAAGAAUUACCAUAGUCGCCCAGAAUUCGGAGGAAGAAAGCCCCUUAAGUCCUGUUGGACAGCCAAUGGGAAUGGCUCGAGCAGCAGCUGGCCCAUUGCCUCCAAUAUCUGCUGAUACAAGGGAACAGUUUGGCUCGAGCCACUCUCUACCUGAAGUACAACAGCACAUGAGAGAGGAAUCACGGACACGUGGAUAUGACCGUGACAUAGCGUUUAUUAUGGAUGACUUCCAACAUGCCAUGUCAGACAGUGAAGGGGUGUGCACAGCACUGAAACAAUUAACUGAACCCAACCAAACUAAGUUCAUUGAAAUGAAUUCAUAUCAUCUGCGUCGUGAAGAAACGGAUUGGUUUGACAAGCCACGCGAGUCUCGCCUUGAUGAUGCACCUGCCAUAAAUCGCAAGCUUCCAGAGAAAUUAACUCACGCCAGACAAUCUCAACAACAAUCCGCAGAAGUUAGUGGGAAGCUUGUUCAAUACAACUUCCCACAUUCUCGGGUCAGAAUUCAAAGGGAUCUAAAGGACCAGACAGUAUCAGGAAAUGGUUUGGGAAUCAGGAUUAUUGGUGGGAAAGAGAUUCCAGGACGAAAUGGCGAAAUUGGUGCUUACAUCGCCAAGAUCUUUCCUGGAGGACAUGCAGAGCAAUCAGGAGAACUCACGGAAGGAAUGCAAGUUCUUGAAUGGAAUGGAAUUCCUUUGACUGGUAAAACUUACGAGGAAGUUCAAGGCAUUAUAGGUGUUCCGAUUGGGGAAGCUGAAAUAUGUGUAAGACUGGACUUCAACAUGCUAUCGGAUUUAGACAGCCUCCAGCAUUUGGAAUUGCACUCCCAAGCAAAGGCUGGAGAAAAGCAAAAGUCCCCAGGAGUUGACCCAAAACAGCUGGCUGCAGAACUACAGAAGGUGUCCCAGGAGGCACCCUCUGUCGUUACCUCAGCCACGGAGAAAGGAGCCCACAGCCAUUCAGGAACCACAUCAGCCACUUCAAGUGCUGCCCCCAGCCCCGGACAACCUGGUUCACCUGCAGUUAGUAAAAAGCGACACAGCAGUAAGCCUCCUGAAACAGCAAGUAAAUCACAUCCAAUUACUGGCGAAAUUCAG